UUUUGAGUUAGGCUAUGAUGCUCAUUGCUGAUACAAUAAAAAGUUCCUUGCAAAGGCUGCAAUGAAAGAGAGGUGGUACCAUGUUAAAUGCAAAUGUGAUGUAUAUGAUUUCUUUUUAGAUGGAUGUCAAUACAUUUUUUAACUUAUUUUCUUUCUUAGAGUAUUAUAUUACAAAUAAGGGGAGGGGAUUUGUACUGGAGGAAUCUAAAUUCCUACACUAGUCCAGACAUAUGAGACUUCAGAGGAUAUUUAAAACAAUUCCAAAAUAUAUCUUUUGCUUCAAAAAUUUUUUCUUAAGAUUAUUUAGGAACCAUACCAUUUUAGUAGUUCAUUCUAAUGGUUGGAGUGUUACAUUUAGAAGUUAAUAUGUUAUCCUAUCGUGGGGGAUUCAAUAUUUUAUUAUUCUUAAAUCCGAGAAAUACCAGAAAUAAUAUCUUGAAGAAACUACUAUAGAUAAAUUAUUUCACUUUUUUACAAUGAUUUUUAAUAACAGAGUUACAUAGAAAUCUACGUACACAAUAGGUUCGAUGUUGAGAUAUCUACAACAUAAACCUCUAUAUCCAAGAGAUUAUCAAGAAAAAAAAGUGACAGUUUGAGAAAGCCAACAAGUUCACAAAUAAGUUCUGAUGCUUGUGUUAAUAGAGAUGGAAGAAACACGCUGUUAUGGUCAAGGUCGCAUAUAAUUUCAGCUUAUUUUUUCAAAAAAAAAAAAAAAAGAAGAAGAAGAAGAAGAAAGAAAAAAAAGCAAACAAACAAAAUGGUAGCGAGCAGCAGUUGUUGCAUAUAGUUAUCAGCAAUUUGGAGCAAUUUUCUGGAGGGACUCAUAGUGACUAUGACAAAGGGUGUGAACUCAAUUUCCCUUUGUAGUACCACUCAAUGCAGAUUCGGUUAUUGUAGACUCCACCUGCAUUGUGUUCUAUGAACAGAAUAUGGUUGCCCUAUUUAAAUUUGGACCUUUUUGUAUGCGAAGGUUGUCUAUCAAUUCAUUUCUAAACAAGUAUCAAAGAAUAAGCAAAAGAAACAGGAAAUGAUACUGAAAAUCUAUUUGUAUUAUGUUUUGGUAGGAAAUUUACUAACAAAGGAAUUCAUCUAAAUUCCAAAAGGCUUGAGAUUGUAUUUAUACACAACAUUCAAGCAGGAAAUGGAAAGAAAACAAGUUGGGAGAAAAAAAAAUAUGCCAAGAAUUGGUUAAUGGUUAUUUUGCCAUAUUCAUCUUCAAGAGUGUUUUAAUCUAGAAGUGAGAUCAAUGAAGCAGUCCUUGCAAGUAAUUGUUAGACCUUCCUGUGGAUGAUGGAAACCGAAACCUUCUUCUGCUCAAUUGAGUAGUUGGAGAAAAGGAUGGUUCAAAUAUGAAAUGGGAACCACAAAAAGCUUCCUUUGGAUAUCUCCCACAUAUACUACAAAUUAACCUUUAGGAACAACAGCUGAUUGCUUGAAGUUAAAACCCACUUGCAUCUUGAGAAUUUGUUUGGCAUUAUGAACCAGUAAUGAUGGCAAACGAAUCCCCAUUGACUAAUCUAUUUGCAACGGUUUGAAAGACAAUAAACAGAUCUGAAGUUGAGCCUUGAUUCGUGUAAAAAAAAGUUGGAAGUAGAAUCGUGAAAUCUGGUAUUUGAAACUCAUUUAGGAUCUAUAUUUAUAGAAUCAUGAGGAAAUAAGUUACCUGAGCAUUUCUAGUGAGCAUAUAAAAGUGGGCUUCCUAGACAACUUAGAGGACCCACUUACCAUGCCAUGACUUUUUCAUCUCACAAGAAUUUUCCAUUCCCAUCUCAUCCUUUCUUCUUGGCUCCAUGUGUGCUGGAUAUAUAUGCCACACCUUGCUUGUUCCAGUGGGAUAACAAAUCAAAACAGAUGGCUUGUAAAAAGAAGCCAACAUAUCCUUGUGAUUGGACCUUGUUGCAAGAGGACAUUGCUUCAUCAAUGGACCUAGCUUCUAGGUAAAGGGAAGCGACUCCAGAUGCAUGAAAUCAUCAUCAUAUCAGCAUCUCAUAUUUCAUCUGAUUCACAGAUUGGUUAGGUCCACUAAUAAAGCACUUAAUGAGAAUUGGAGCGUAUCACAUGGUAUGUUGCUACUCAUUUGACAAACUUCGUGAAAUUUUCUUGGCCUCCUUUUAUUGGAAAAAGUGGGCCGAGUCAGAACGCAAAUGAAAUUCUAAUGGAUAGAACAAACCCAUGUGAGCCUUUGAAGAAGUUGGUCCUUAUCCACUAUACUCUUUUUGUUCUCCUCUCCAGUUCCUAGUUUAUAAAUACCCAUAAGAAUAAAGCCAUUCUCAUCCAGCAAAUACUCCAUUUCCUACAUCAAAUUCCAUACCAAGCAAAACACCAUUCAAACUCACUCACCCUUCUCUUUUUUCGAGUAAAUUUCCAAUAUGGGAAUCCGUCUGCCAUCGAUUCUUCUUGAUGCCAAGCAGAUUCUGAAAAUGCAAGCUACGUCAGCCAGAAAUCAAUCCGAUGUUCCCAAAGGUCAUAUUGCAGUUUAUGUGGGAGAGAUUCAAAGGAAGAGAUUUGUAGUCCCUAUAUCAUAUUUGAAGCAUCCUUCUUUUAUGGAUCUGCUCAAUAGAUCAGAAGAAGAAUUCGGAUUUUGCCAUCCAAUGGGUGGCUUGACGAUUCCAUGCAGAGAAGAUGCUUUCAUAAAUCUCACUGCUAGGCUGCAUACAUCAUGAAAGUUGAAAGAACAAAAAAAAAUAUUCUUGAUCACAGUUUUGUCAACUCCAAUUUUAGGAAGUAGAGUAGGAUAAUACUGUACAAACUUGGUUGUUUGAGCAAUGGAAAAUACAUUCUUCUCAUAUGAAAAUUUUGCCUCUUCA